AUGAAGUUCUGUCUAAGAAAGAGGUAUGUGCCUACUUAUUUCCAUAGGGACUUACAACGUUUUCGUAAGUUGGUGCAGGGAAAUAAGACGGUCGAAGAAUACUAUGAGGAAUUUGAGCAGCUUAUCAACCGGUUGGAGACCGAAGAGUCGGAGGAGACUCUCAUGGCUCAAUUCAUAGAAGGACUUCAAGACCGAAUCUCUCGCAAGGUGGAAAGGCAACCCUAUCAUGACUUGCAAGAAGUUGUGCACUUGGCUAUUCAAGCCGAACAACAUAUUAAGCGAAAGGUGGCGGCCGUUAGCCGAGUUAAAGUCAAUCCGUGGACUCCGGGAAGUUCUAAGCCACCGGAAAAAGGCAAAGCGAUCGAGGUGGACUCGCGGUUUAAGAAGAAUACGGUGGAAAACUCCAAGGCUCCAAUCCGACCGGAAGCAAGUAAAGCCGUCUCUACUAACCGUUCUCGGGAUAUAAUUUGUUUUAAAUGUCAGGGGCGCAGACAUAUGGCGAGGGAAUGCCCCAACCAACGAGUCAUGAUCAUAACAACCAACGGUUACGAGUCCCAAGAUGAACCGGAGGAAGAUACUAGCGACCCAGACGACGGAAUUGAAUACCCGGACGUAGGUGAACUUUUGGUCAUUCGUCGGGUGCUCAACAUGACGGUUAACCCGGAAGAAACCGUACAACGGGAAAACAUAUUCCAUACAAGAUGCACCGUGAACAACAAGGUAUGUAGUCUUAUUAUAGACGGUGGUUCUUGUACUAACGUGGCUAGCAAGUUAUUGGUUGACAAGUUAGGUCUACCCACGAGAAAGCAUCCGCGACCGUAUCGACUAAGGUGGCUUAAUGACACCGGGGAGCUUAAGAUCGCUGAACAAGCCACGGUGACCUUUAGUAUAGGCAAGUAUCACGACGAAGUCUUAUGUGAUGUUGUGCCUAUGCAAGCCGGGCAUCUCCUACUUGGAAGACCGUGGCAAUACGACCAUGAAACCUUGCAUAACGGGCGUACCAACUACUACACGUUCAUGCAUAACAAGCGGAAGGUUACUUUAGCCCCACUCACACCCUCCGAGGUAAAAGAUUUACAACGACUAGAGUGUCUAGAAUUGCCCGCCGAAGUAGGUACCAUACUUAAGCAAUUUGAAGACGUAUUUCCCGAAGAAAUUCCAUCCGGCUUACCUCCGAUCCGUGGAAUCGAACACAAAAUUGAUCUCGUCCCCGGAUCCGCCUUACCAAACCGGCCCGCAUAUAAGAUGAACCCUACGGAGGCUAAGGAGUUAGAAUCACAAAAAGACGGGACGUGGAGAAUGUGCGUGGACUGUCGGGCUAUCAACAACAUUACCAUCAAGUACCGACACCCAAUACCUUGCCUCGACGACAUGUUAGAUGAACUUGAUGGAGCCACUAUCUUUUCGAAGAGUGGGUAUCACCAAGUUCGCAUGAAAGAAGGAGACGAAUGGAAGACCGCAUUUAAAACCAAGCAAGGCCUCUACGAGUGGCUAGUCAUGCCGUUCGGUCUCACCAAUGCCCCUAGUACGUUCAUGCGACUCAUGAACCAUGUCUUAAGGGCCUACAUUUGUAAGUUUGUAGUCGUUUAUUUCGAUGACAUUCUUAUUUAUAGCCGGAACUUAUCCGAACACUUAUCACACCUUGAGCAAGUUCUUGAGACUCUCCGCAAGGAAGAACUCUAUGCUAACCUCAAGAAGUGUGUGUUUUGCACUGAUCAACUAGUCUUUUUAGGUUUUGUUGUAAGUUCACAGGGCAUACAGGUUGAUCAAGAAAAGAUUAAAGCCAUAGAAGAAUGGCCGACUCCCACUACCAUUGGCCAUGUUAGAAGCUUUCAUGGUUUGGCUAGUUUUUAUAGUCGUUUUGUGAAGGACUUCAGCACCGUAGCUGCACCCCUUACCGCCGUGAUCAAGAAGCAUGUGGCGUUUUCGUGGGGAGAAGCUCAAGAGAGAGCCUUCCGGGAGCUUAAAGAUCGUUUAACGCAUGCUCCUAUUUUAGCUUUACCUAACUUUGACAAAACUUUUGAGGUUGAAUGUGAUGCUUCAGGAUUAGGUAUUGGAGCGGUGCUUACCCAGGGAGGACGCCCUAUAGCUUACUUUAGCGAGAAGUUAAGCGGAGCUACACUCAAUUAUCCGACGUAUGAUAAGGAGCUUUAUGCAUUGGUCCGAUCGUUGGAAGUUUGGCAACAUUACUUGUUAGCCAAGGAAUUUGUGAUCCAUACCGACCAUGAGACGUUGAAGCACCUUCGAGGCCAAACUACGCUAAAGAGAAGGCAUGCACGGUGGCUAGAGUUCGUAGAGACUUUUCCGUACAUCAUCAAGUACAAGAAAGGAAAGGAAAACAUUGUAGCCGAUGCACUUUCACGUCGACAUGCUCUCAUCACCACCAUGGACGCUAAAGUUUUAGGGUUUGAACACGUGAAGAUUGCUUAUCUAGAAGAUACCGACUUUGGAUCCAUUUUUAAGGAGUGUGACAAGACAGCUUUCGGACCCUACUACAAGCAUGACGGUUACUUAUUCCGAGAUAAGCGACUAUGCAUACCCCAAGGAUCGAUGCGGGAGCUUAUCACCCGAGAGGCACAUAGUGGAGGACUCAUGGGCCAUUUUGGAGUAGACAAGACCAUGGCUAUGCUUAUGGAACAUUUCUUUUGGCCACAUAUGAGAAAAGACGUCGAACGGUUUUGCGCAAAAUGCAUCACUUGCCUCCGCGCUAAAUCCAGGUCACACCCCCACGGUUUAUAUAUGCCUUUACCUAUUCCUAAUGCUCCAUGGGAGGAUAUUUCUAUGGAUUUUGUCUUAGGUUUGCCAAAGAUUCAACAUAAGGACUCCAUCUUCGUGGUAUUUUGUCCUUUUGAAGUUGUUUAUGGCUUUAAACCAUUAACCCCGCUGGAUUUGGCACCACUACCCCCGGGAUCACAAACCGAUCAAGACGGUAAACGCAAGGCGGAAUUGGUCCAAAAGCUACAUCAAACCGUUAAGGAGAACUUGGAGAAAAAGACGGAAAAAUACAAGCAACGGAUGGACAAGAACCGCAAAGAAGUCAUCUUUGAACCCGGCGAUUGGGUUUGGUUACACUUGAGAACCGAGAGGUUUCCAACGAAGAGAAGUUCCAAACUAUCCCCUCGCGGCGACGGACCUUUCAAGAUAGUCGAACGAAUCAACAACAACGCUUACCGGCUAGAACUCCCAGGUGAGUAUAACGGGUCUAAAAGUUUCAAUGUCACUGACUUAUCUCCUUUUGAUAUAGGACGACCAGUUCUGAGGCCAGAACAUUUUCAAGAGGGAGGGGAUGAUGAGGACAUAGAACCGGACAUCGACGAGUGCUCGACGGACGGCCACGAACCGGUAACGAGUGACCCGACACCAACAAUCCCGACGGUCAUAGUUGGACCAAUGACCCGUUCACGUACGAGGAAGCUAAGAGAAACAUUCAAUGAAGGAGUUGAGGCCCUGAUCAACGCAACCGGCCAAAUGGAUAUUCUAUCGGCCGACCCUCGACCCCCGGACGCGAGUGGAAGCCUCAACAAGUUCCAUCGACCCAACAAUGGAGAACAGACCAACCGAGCUUUGAUCGAGAGCGUUUGGAGAAACAACCCGCAGAACACGAAGAAGCUCGACAAGUACCACCCCCUGGACGCCGGAAAGCUUGUACGGAGCGAAGUCUCGAACCAAGUUGAUCCAAACAACUUGGGCUUCGAUAAUCACUCGAUAAGUGAUGUUUCUGGAGACAACGAUCGAAGCCGAAAUGCCCACGACCGAGACGGAUUGGGAGAUGAUCGAGAGGAGCACUACUACCGCCGUAACGGCAUGUCCGAAGCCCGUAACACCGAGAAUGGAGGACAAGGCCGUAUAGGCUCGUACGAAGUUAAAGACUGCCUAGAGAACAAGAACCAAGGUGAAGAAGAAGAAGGAGAACCAGAGACAACUACGUGGCCUAUCAUUCCUCCGAAUAAGAAGAGGAAGCGGAAAGGCACCGCUGGGAAAAAAAUCCCUUUCUACAGCACGCUCUUCGGGUUGGAAGAGGAUGUCACUGUUGACCGGGUCAUCACUAUGCUUAAGAACAAAAUUGUGGAAGAUAAAGAGAUGCAGCGAAUAUAUGUCUGUUUGGCUUUAGUUGAUGGGUUCCUGGUCCCCACUUCUCAGUAUCCUAAAAUCGUGAAGGAGCACGUUGAAAUGGCUGAGGAUAUGAAUUUUUUCCUUUCCUAUCCUUGGGUCCGUUUGUCCUUCGAAAUGAUGAUGAAGUCUAUCAAAGAGAGAGAUGUCGAGCAAUUGGCUACAACAUGUGUUGUUGUUCAAGGUCUCUUGUACGCUUUACAGCUAGUGAUUCUCCAAGCAGCUCCAGCCAUCCAAGAAGGAUCCCCGUCCGAGGAGCCCGAUUGUAGCGAUUCUGAUGGAGGACCGGUGGCUGAUGUAGGACACCCUUCCGCAGUACCUUUGAAGAUUGCUAACGCCAGACGUCUAGGUUGCAAUUUCGAGUUAUUGGUCGACCCAAUAAUAUGCCCUGAUCUCGAGUUGGAGAAUGAGGAUGAUUUGCCUUGGGAAGAUGAUUCAGAGGACCCAGCGGUUGAUAACAGUGUCUCCCUCGCGCCAAAGGGCUUUUUAUUCAGUAACGAUAUGUUUACCGGUGGCUGUAUACCGUCUCAGCUUGAGCUGGCCCCGAAGAAGCAGAAAAGGGGUGUUAAGGAUAAAAUUAGUUGUGCUCGGAAAGGUCAGAUUGCUCCUCCUAGCCAACCUGCGUGUAGUACUGCUCAACGUUUAUCUUCGGGAGCAGUUUCUGGACUAACCGGAACAUGCAACCUUGCCACCAUGUCGCGAUUGCUUGAUUCAAAACUUGUUGCUUUGGAGGACCGUAUUAUUAAAGGUGUUACCAAUUGGUUUUUAAAAAAUCCAAAUAUAUUUGUUGAAUCUGCUAGAACUUUGGCUAAAGAAGGAUCUGCCGAUAAGCAAGCAGCUGUGCCUCCUCCUCCUGCCCCUACAGUGAAUGGCGUUAAUGAAACACAAACUGCAUUGGAUGCUCAGAACGUUAUUGAUCCUGACAUUUUUGGUAACUCAAUUAUGGAGAUUCUGAAGUGCUAUUCUCCCAACCAAACUGAGGUCACCGGGACUAGGCCGGAGGUACUGCCUCCAUCAUGCUCUAAUAUACAGGAUCCCAUCGCUGGCCAUGGUCGAGGGCCCAUUGAAGUAGAUGGAUAUGAUUUGGUUUCAAGUCCAAUGGUUGGGUUCCUGUCUCAUGUUGGCGUAGUUCCAAGUGGUGGCGGGGUAGAAUCAGCUGCUGUAGAUGAACUGACCGCUGCUGUCGCUGAAGGGACCGGUGACGGAGGCAUUGAAAAGAAGUUGUCUGGUGACAAUACCAGCCGAGAGGUAUUAUAUUGA